CCCGUGUUAUCACUAAAGAGAGUUCGAGCUGCGCCUGUUAAAGUUGGGGAAAGGAGGGGAAGGAUGCUGUCGUCGUCGGAGGAAAAGAUAAAAUAUCACCAAAAAUAAGAAGCACAAACGCGCUAGAAAACGCCAGUCUUCUAUGAAGGAUGAAUUGCAAAAUAUUGGGCACAAGUUUUUUAAUUUUUCUCGGAUUGCAGCAGUGCUCGUCACGAGAGUGUGUUGAUCCGCUGGUCUCUCCACUCUAUGCUUCCUCCUUCUUGGCCUCCUCCAGAUAUAAUGUUUUGUACUCUGCAAACUUUGCCAAAUUGUAUGGGAGCAGUGGGUGGUCGCCGUCUCCCAGGGACCGCCAGCCUUGGCUCCAGAUUGACCUGGGGAGGAAGUACCGCCUUGUGUCCAUUUCCACCCAGGGCACCUUCAACUCUUACGACUGGGUCACCAAGUACACCCUACUGUAUGGGGACCGUCCCGACUCCUGGACGCCCUACAUUCAGAGAGGGGGGAACUCGACCCUGUCGGGGAACUGGAAUUACUACCAGGUGAAGAGGCACGUUUUCCACUAUGCCUUCACCGCCAAGCACCUGCGGUUCCUUCCCCUGGGGUGGAACACAAACUCAGGCGGCAAGAUUGGGGUCCGGCUGGAGGUCUAUGGCUGUGCUUAUGACUCCUACGUGAUGGCGUAUGACGGGGACGACAUGAUGGCCUACAUGUUCCCGCAGAAGAAGUCGCGCACGCUGCAGGACCACAUCGCCCUGAACUUCAAGACCCUGGAGCGGGACGGGGUGCUGCUGCACAGCGAGGGCCUGCAGGGGGACGUCCUGACGCUGGAGCUGAAGAACGCCCGCCUCUACCUGCACAUCAGCCUGGGAAGCAGCACAGUGCACGAGGUGGAGGGCCUGACCACUCUGACUGUGGGCAACCUCCUGGAUGACCAACACUGGCACUACGUCACCAUCAAGCGUUACGGCCGGGAGGUCAACCUGACAGUCGACAGCCACACCGAGAGUGCCAUUUGCAACGGGGACUUCACUUACCUGGACCUGGAUACUCAGGUGUAUGUGGGUGGAGUGAUCGAGCCUAACAUGCCCCACCUCCCUGACAAGAGCAACUUCCGCGGCUGUCUGGAGAACGUCUUCUACAAUGGGAUUAACUUCAUUAAGAUGGCACAGCGGAAGGAGCCUGAGAUACGAUUCCCUCUUCGGCAGAAAACGAUGCAGUAUGCCUGCCAGGAUCUCCUGCUGAAGCCAAUGACAUUUGUUGGGCCUAACAACUACCUGCAGGUACCAGGGGUCUUCAGGAAGCCCCGUAUGGCCGUCAAGUUCAAGUUCCGCUCAUGGGACUACACGGGCCUGAUGAUGUUUACAAGGUUCGCUGAUGACCUGGGCUCCCUAGAGCUGGGCCUGAGUGAGGGCCAGGUGAAUGUAUCCCUCAUGCAGCCUGGCAAGAAGAAGCUGCAAUUUGCUGCAGGUUACCGCUUGAACGAUGGCUUUUGGCACACCGUGGAUCUGGCAGCCCGGGACAAUUUUGUGACGGUGACUAUUGAUGAUGACGAGGGGUCGCCCUUGAAGAUUAUCAAUCGCUUCACGGUGCGCACUGGUGAUCGCUACUUCUUCGGAGGGUGUCCCAAGACCAACAACACGGCGAGGUGCGAGACCAAGCUGAACGCCUUCCACGGCUGCAUGCAGCAGAUCUUUGUGGAUGACGAGCCGGUGGACAUCGACAUCAUGCUGCAGCGACGCUUGGGGCGCUAUUCUGAGCUGCUGCUGGGCACCUGUGGCAUCACUGACAGGUGUAUGCCAAACCCAUGUGAACAUGAGGGGAGAUGCAUCCAGUCAUGGGAUGACUUUCUGUGCAUGUGCGAAAACACUGGAUACAAAGGGGAAGUGUGCCAUAUGCCGGUCUACAAGGAGUCAUGCGAGGCUUACCGACUCAAUGGCAAAUACAAUUCUGGAAACUACACCAUCGACCCUGACCUGAGCGGCCCCCUGAGACCCUUCUCUGUUUACUGCAAGAUGAAAGCAACCAAGGCCUGGACAGUGGUGAGGCAUGACCGAAUUGACAACACCAAGGUGACAGGCUCUUCAGAAGGCCAACCCUACCUGGGGGAUGUGCAGUAUUACAAUGCAUCCUGGGACGAGGUCACAGCCCUGGCCAACACCUCCGAGUAUUGCGAGCAGUGGAUCGAGUUCUCUUGCUACAAGUCCCGCCUCCUCAACACGCCCAAUGGAAAGCCAUUCAGCUACUGGAUUGGUCGCCAUGGUGAGAGCCAGGUGUACUGGGGUGGGUCAUUCCCAGGGAGUCAGAAGUGUGGCUGUGCCAUCAAUGGCACCUGCACUGACUCCAGGUUCUACUGCAACUGUGACGCUGACUACCGGCAAUGGUACUCGGACAGGGGCUGGCUUAACUACAGGGACCACAUGCCUGUCCGAAGGGUUGUUGUUGGGGACACAAACCGAACCGGGUCGGAGGCCCAGUUUAACAUUGGACCCCUGCGCUGCCAUGGCGACCGAAACACUUGGAACACUGUGGCCUUCACCAAGCCAACUUACGUGGAGUUCCCCACCUUCAGGCCAGGCACCAGCGCUGACAUCAGCUUCUACUUUAAAACCAACGCUGACCAUGGCGUCUUCUUGGAGAACUCGGAUGACCACCACCGCAACUUCAUCCGGGUGGAGCUCAACUCCACCACAGACCUGCUGUUCGUGUUCAUGGUGGGCGAUGGCAUCAUCAACGUGACGCACCGGUCACCGCAGCCCCUCAACGAUGAUGAGUGGCACUACGUCCAGGCCGAGAUUAACGUGAAGGGAGCCCGACUGAAGGUGGACUACCAACCCUGGGCUGUGCGCCGCUUCCCCGGGCAGACCUACGUCACCAUGAAGUUCACCCAGCCCCUCCUCGUGGGUGCUGCUAAGGACAGACUGAGGGCUUACCUGGGCUGCCUCCGGGGCCUGCGUAUGAAUGGCGUGCCCCUUGACCUGGAGGGCAAAGCAAAUGAGGCGGAGGGAAUUCGGCUGAACUGCACGGGCCAGUGCCUGAACGCCACGCUGCCGUGCCGCAAUGGCGGACGCUGCAUGGAGGGCUACGCCUCCUACUACUGCGACUGCAACAACACGGCCUUUGACGGCUACUACUGCCACAAAGAUAUUGGGGGCUACUUUGAGGCGGGAGCAUGGCUGCGCUACAACAUUCGAAGUGAGGCAAUCUCAGACGAGGCCAUCUGGGCAAACUGGCUGGACCCCCACAACUUUAGCCUGGGGUACAACCAGACCAGCGACGAGAUCGAGUUCAGCUUCAGCACCACUCAGACCCCCGCCGUGCUGCUCUACAUCAGCUCCUUCGUCAAAGACUACAUCGCUGUCAUCCUCAAGAAUGACGGCAGCCUCGACCUAAGGUACCGGCUGGGCCUGUUCACCUAUAAAUUCCAGGUGUCCUCCUUGAACUUGGCAGAUGGGUAUCCUCACUUUGUCAACAUCACCAGGCAUAACCGCACCAUACGAACUCAGGUGGACUACAUGGAGUCCGUCCGGGAGGCGAUUCCCCCGCUGCAGGACAUCCGGUUCGACUCUCCCAAGUCCAUGUUCCUGGGGAGGGUGAUGGAGGUGGGCGAGAUAGAUUAUGAGAUCCAGACGCACAAUAGCCCCGGACUGGAGGGCUGCAUUUCAGGGGUACGCUACAACAUCUAUGCCCCGCUAAAGACGUACUUCCGCCCCAAUGAGACAGACCCCCCGGUCACCGUACAUGGAUACGUGAGGGAGUCCAAUUGUGGGGCCUUUCCCUCCAUUCUGGGUCUGGUACCCCUCGAGGCUGACCCGUGGUACACAGGAGAUGAGUUUGAAUAUAUUCACGACGACUUGCCCAGUCCACCGGUCAUGACACUCAUCAUCCUCAUCCUUCUGGCUCUGAUCUUUGGGUCACUGUAUGUCAUCUACUUGUACCUUUACCGUUACAAGGGCAGCUAUCAUACCAAUGAGCCUAAAAACCUAGAGUCCCCUAGCAGUGCCAGGCCCCUGACAGAGCCAGAGCCUCAACGCACGGAGAAGAACCUGCCCCAAAUACAGGAGGAGACCAGGAGCGAAUGA